AGCACUAUUUUAGUUAAAAUAACAUUACCCACUGUAAUCGGCAGCGCGAUAAUAAGCAAAAAAAGAGUCCGACUCUCUCCCUGUGUGUGCGUACGUCACAGCCCGCUCGCGUGUGUACGUGUGUGAGAGUGUGCGAUGGGAAAAAUCAGUAAAAUGUUUAUGCAAAUUAUGCUACAAAUGUGCGCCAAUUGCGUAAAAUCGUAAAGUGCAUUAAGUAUUAAGUGAAACAAAAUUAUAUAAUUAAGGAGCGGCGCCCGGAGAUAAGCGAAAAGUCCGUUUUUUUGGGCAACUACAAAGGCAAAGGUUGCAGCUCCCCUUCCGCUCGCGCCUCAGUGUGAGUGUGUGUGUGUGUAGGUGUAGGUGUAGGCGGGCAAGUGUGUUGGUGUCUCGUGGCUGCCAGCUGUCAGUGUGUGUAAGUGUGUUUGUGUGUGUACGGAUACGUCUGUAUGUGUGCACUGUGGGUGCAACAACGUGAACGCUUCAUCCCGGAAGUGAUUUGUAUGAGGCAAGAAAGCCCCUGAAAUUUUACACCCAAGCGGAAAUAGUCGCAAAGUAUUUUGUGAUGAAGUCAUGUGGAAGUAGCAACAACACGAGCUGUACAAUUAUAGGCGAAACUUAAUUAAAUGCCGCAUCAUUUGCAAACUGCAAAAGGGAAUUCUUAACAAUCGCAAUAAAACUUUUGUCGAACAAAAGUAAUUAAAGGACCUCGCACCCAAUACCAAUACACACGAAACAAGCGAACCGAGCGAACCGAGAGAGCCGCCUUCCUCCGCCUUGACGCUAUGCGACAACAAAGUUGGUAAAAGGAGACGAGGGGGACGGCGAGCGGCGGAGUGGCAGGAGUGCUAGUCCUGUACAUGGCCAGAAGCCAGCUGACGCUGCCAGCCGCAAACAGCUAACAGCUAACAUCGAGGAGGUGCCGCAGGAGGACGCAGGACGCAGGACGACGAAGGAGACGGAGAAGGCCAGCAAAAUGCAGAAGGAGAACAAUGUCACGGCGGAGAAUUGCCAAUUUGUGGGGCCCUAUCGCCUGGAGAAAACUCUCGGCAAGGGUCAAACUGGACUCGUCAAGUUGGGCGUGCAUUGUGUGAUUGGCAAAAAGGUUGCGAUUAAAAUAAUCAAUCGCGAGAAACUCAGCGAAUCGGUGCUAAUGAAGGUUGAACGUGAAAUCGCCAUAAUGAAACUAAUCGAUCAUCCGCACGUCCUUGGCCUGAGCGACGUGUACGAGAACAAGAAGUAUUUGUAUUUGAUAUUGGAGCAUGUAUCCGGCGGCGAGCUCUUCGAUUAUCUGGUGAAGAAGGGUCGGCUCACGCCCAAGGAGGCACGAAAGUUCUUUCGGCAAAUCAUUUCGGCGUUGGACUUUUGUCACUCGCACUCGAUAUGCCAUCGGGACUUGAAGCCGGAGAAUCUGCUGCUGGACGAGAAGAACAACAUUAAGAUAGCGGACUUUGGGAUGGCUUCACUGCAGCCGGCCGGUAGCAUGCUGGAGACAUCCUGCGGCAGCCCCCACUACGCGUGUCCGGAGGUCAUACGGGGCGAGAAGUACGAUGGCCGCAAGGCGGAUGUCUGGUCCUGCGGCGUUAUCCUGUACGCCCUGCUGGUGGGUGCGUUGCCCUUCGACGAUGACAACCUCCGCCAGCUGCUCGAGAAGGUCAAGCGCGGCGUCUUUCACAUACCGCACUUUGUGCCGCCCGACUGCCAGACGCUGCUCCGUGGCAUGAUCGAGGUGAAUCCGGACCGGCGGCUAACGCUGGCCGAAAUCAACCGACAUCCGUGGGUCACGGCCGGUGGCAAAGGUGAGCUGGAGCUGGAGCUGCCGAUGAUGGAGGUGGUGCAGACACAUGUCAUUCCCACAGCGACUGCGGUGGAUCCGGAUGUGCUCAACGCCAUUUGCUCGCUGGGAUGCUUCAAGGAGAAGGAGAAACUCAUUCAGGAGCUGCUCAGUUCGAGUCACAAUACUGAAAAGGUUAUAUAUUUCCUUCUGUUGGAACGGAAGCGAAGAAGACCAGCGCUGGAGGAUGAUGAUGAGAUUGCACAGAAAUCCCGCAGCGAACUGGAUGCUGUGGAUCCGCCGCGGAAACGCCUGGACACCUGUCGCAUCAAUGGGACCAAUGCACCCAGCUAUGGACAGAUCUCAGAGGGUUCACCGCUCACCCCCAGACGACAGGCCUUUAACUUCCGCUCGUACAGCAGCACACGAAACCACCAACGGCGCUCCCCCACAACAGUGUCCUCGUCGGUGCGGAGCUCCUCAUAUCACAGUCCGACGCGUUGCAACUCCCCGAUGAGCUCUGCCCAGCAGCAGGCGAAUGCCAUCUCUCGCCCCUCCUCACCGGCAGCGGGAACGCGACACUCCACGUAUGGGGAUCGAGACAGGAGUGGCCAUCACUCGUCCGUCAGCAGGACGCCGUCGCAUAGCUCACAGAAGAGCAUCGAGGGCGAUGUGGUUGUGGUGCGGGAGCCACGGAUUGAGCGGCGGGACUCACUGCGUCAGGAGCGCAGUGGCGGUGGAGGAGGAGGACCAGGAUCUCCGCGGGAUCGAGGAGAAUGCGGCAUGCCGCCAGGCAGUCCCGGCGGCAACUCAAGCGGUUCCCAAUCCGCCUCGCCGUCGGUGCACCAUCGUGCCAACUCAGGUCCGACAAUUGCCAUUAUGUUCCACGAUCCAGAGUCGAAUAGUGUUGUGAAUCCCAAUGGCUCGCCCAUGAUGAACAACAGCAGUCCGGGAAUGCCCGGCUCACCUUGCAAUACACCUGGCGGUCAGCUGUGGAAAACGCGACUCACCAACAUCAAGAACAGUUUCCUGGGCAGUCCGCGUUUCCAUCGCAGAAAAAUGCAGGUUUCUGCCGAUGAGGUGCACUUAACGCCCGAGUCCUCGCCAGAGCUGACCAAGCGCUCCUGGUUCGGUAAUCUCAUAACAACCGAGAAGGAUGAAACCUUCACUAUUUUGGUCAAGGGAAAGCCCAUUGCCACGGUCAAGGCGCAUUUGAUACAUGCAUUUUUAUCUAUGGCUGAACUAUCGCAUAGCGUGGUCUCGCCCACCUCGUUUCGGGUGGAGUACAAGCGGAAUGGCAAUGGUCCCGUCAUGUUCCAGCGCCAUGUCAAAUUCCAGGUUGACAUCAGUGCCAUUUGCAAACAGGGCGACAUUGCAGAUAUGUUGUUUGCUUUGACAUUUACGCUGCUAUCAGGUAAUAUUCGGCGUUUCCGUCGCAUUUGCGAGCACAUCCAAUCACAGGUGUGUUCCAAGCGGUUCCCGGGUCCCAGCAGUCCGCCAACAGUCACCAGUGUCACUCAGGCCGUGUCCGAGAGCUCAUCCUGCGGAUCGGUGUCCAGUGAGAGGUUAUCCUACAAGCGACAGGUGAUCGAGAGCGACAUGGAAAACGAUUCCAUAUUCUCGUACAAGUCGGGCAACGGUCGCCGGGCAUCGACCACGAACAAUAAUAAUGCCAAUCCCGUUGACAUUCCCGGCAGUCCCAUUGCAGUACGAUCCAACUCAGAGACAGCUGAACACGAACGCAACCGCGAACUGCAGAGUGAGCGUCAGGCGACAACGAUGUCCGGUAGUGCAAUCGCAUGAGAAUUAUUUCUCUGAUUUAGUUACAUUUUUCACCAGGAUCUUAGUUUUGAUAUGGCACUAGUCAACAGCAAUCGCAACCAGAUAUUGUAUUCCAACUAGAGGACGACGAAUCAGCAGCAAUUCGCUGGUCACAAACUCAAACAGUAUUUUUCCUAUAAACACCAUCCGACAAGAUCUUCAAAAAAUAAGUAAAAAACACACAAGUCAACUCCCGAAUAAUAAUACCAAAGCAAUAAUAGUGGAAUUUAUAUACACUAGCAUAUAUAGUGAAUCAGAAAUUUUGAAUGCCGAUCGGAUCGAUUGAACAGAACUUUGCUAGCUGCUCUAGCUUUUAUCGAACCUGAUUUUCGAGUUAUUGUUGAUUUUUUGAGUGACUUUUUCGUAAUGUUCUUUUUGAUGGACAUUGUUGCCGCCGCGCCUAAAAAGCUUGCAAAUAAAAGACACCGUGUAAAAAUAUAUAAAAUUAUAUACAAACAAAUCAAGUUAGCUCUAGCCCUAAGUCGAACCAGUUAUUCUAGAGUCAUUUUCUUUACCUAGACUAGGCCUCAGAUUUAGCUACGCAAAUGGGGGUUGCUACUCAUGAUAAUUCGCCGACGAUUUGUAUAGAGUGUAUAAAGGAUAUUACGCAAAAUGCACUGAUCUUUGACAACUAACUAAACGGAAACGGAAAUAACAGAAUAUAACAGAAUAUAACAAUUUCAGAAACCGAAUAACUUUUGCAUUAACUUAGCGUUGCUGUUUUUCUAAAAAAAUAAAAUAAAAAUACAAAUAAAUAAAAAUCGAUACAACUAUUUUGCUAGCGAGACGAGAAACGCAAAAACUAUUUUUCCUAAAUAACAAAGAAAUACUAUAUGUAAAACGCGUAAACUUUCAAACUUCAGACAAGCAUAUAUGACGAUCAAAAGAGUGUUGUGCGGUAGAGGAGCUCGGGAUAUAGCAGAUAUUGAUAGACAUUUAUAAUGUACAUAAGGAUACCGAAUUACUAAGCAAAGGCACAGCAAAUGGCUAAUAAACGAUAUACAGCACAUUAAAGUAACGAAAAUUCCAAGGAAAACCAUAUAUAUUUUGCAUGGGCAUGAAAUGAAAUAAAGCUUUCUUAACCAAAUACUUGUAUAAAUAAACUGGGACGAAAUAUAUAUCUAUGUAUAGAAUGGAUCGGGGAUUGUACAAAUUGUUGAGUUGCACCAGUGACAAAGAGAAUAAUACCUAGGAGAGAAAUUCAAUUGGAAUUUGUAUGAAUGUAUAUUUUUAUUGAAAAGGAAAAGGAAAUAGAGAAGGCUUGCUAAGCUGUCUAAAAGUGCACAAAUCGCAAGGCUAUCGUCUAAGCCAGAUAAUGUUUCCUUCAGUCUAAAGAGCAACCCCACAAAACAAUCACAUUGAAUCGUUCCUUCCCUACCUACCCUGUACUUUUGAGUGGUUUUCAUAGUUUAUAGCUUUUGAUUUUUUGUUGCCAACACCCAAGCCAAUCAAUCAGAGAGUCCUUUCUAUAACACAUACGAUAAUUUGAAACUAAAAGACUUAAGAAAUCGACAUAAAGCUAAUGAAAUCCAAACAAAACCGUCCAUUUAUCCACUUAAAGCUAAACAAACAAAAUGUAAAGGCAACUCAGCAAUUUGUGGAAUCAGCUGGAUAUAUAGAGUGGGGGUGUAAAGGGAGCCCGAAUACUGUAUGUGUAUAAUGUAAAAGGAUAUAGAUCUAUAUACUGAAACUGUGUAUGACAGCAAUAUCAAAAUAGUCAGAGGGAGGAUUUGAGAUGUGAGGGCGGUACGAUACUAAAACGUGAUUAGAACAAAUAUUAAACCACAAAUUACGAGUUAAUAAAUGCUUAAUGAUAAACCCAAUAAGGUCGCGUAAAUCUAACAAAAAAAUAUAUUAAACAAACCUAUUUAAAAAGUAUUGACACUCACACCACACACAAAAACUCACAACAAAUCAUGCAAUAAUAUUGAAAUGAAAUUACUUUUUAGCAUUAAAUACGAUAUGAUACAUCAGAUUAUUUAUCGCUCAUCAUAGGAAAGAUACUCAGAAAACGCAUUUAAGCUGAACAUACAUUCAAAAUUAAGCUCACCGACUUAAAGAGACAGAGAGAUGGCAUUCAUAUAUUUAUACAUGCAUAUAUCAUAUACACCACACCGAUCACGGAACUCGAAACUCUUUAUAUAUAUACAACAUACGACAUAUGACAUAUACCAUAAACUAUAUUCCGUGUUUACUUUCAUAUACAAGAACAAGGUCCGCCAGCAUACCCACAUAUACGAAGUAUACAUCUAUAUGCGUCGCCCCAUUCGUACAUCCAAAAAAUAAAUAUAUAUUUACACACAAGCGCAUUUAAUACGAGUUGCAAGUACAUUCGUCACCCAAGAAAUGGCUAGUUUUGUAUCAUAAGAAAUGUAAAAAUCAUAUUUUUCACUUGAUACUAAAUCGAAUUAUAAAUACUAAACCUUAACUUAACCAAAAAACGCUCUGCAUACUAAGAAACCGAUCGCAGUCUCGACGUCAGACGAUAAUUGCUUUAUAUGGGAAGUACCCAAAACGAAUACAAAAAUGAAAGCCCAAUACUCAAUGCUGCAUUAUGCUGCUGCCACGCCUACCUUUUUACCUUAACUGAAGCCUAUACAUACUACCAAAUUUUCGCGCUCUUCUCAUCCUCAAAACUCAAAACUUAAACUCGAAACUCAACAACAUAAUCACCACCAAACCCAAGAACUAACUCAUUUUAACUGCUUCAGCAGCGAAUAUUUGCGCCGAGAUAAUUUUAUAUGCCACGUAUACAUAUAUUUCUAUCUAUAGUAUAUAUAUACACCCCUAUAUAUAUAUCUACACAAGCAUUAUACACCAGAGCAAGCGCUUUACUUCAAAUGCAAAUUCAAUUGCAAAUGCAAAUGCAAUGGAGGAGCUGUUUAUUACUCAUUACGAAAUAAACGAUUCGAAUACUUAUUACAAAUAAAUUUAGAGGGUAAUGUUGUGUAUUGUACUGCGCUUUUUACGUUGUUGAUUUGGUUUCCCCCCUAGGUUCCACCAUAUUAUUACUGUAAUAUUGUAAUUAGUUCUGCAAGUGAUUAAGGCUAAGUUAUAUACUGCAUUGUGCGCUUUGUUUUUCGUAUCUACGGAUAUAUAAGUUAUACAUUGUAUUUUGUAAUUUAAUUUUAAGCUCGAGGAAUAUCGCGGAGUCAGGCCGGAUUCACGGAUGAACCAUAAAAGAGAUUAAUAUUGAAACCAAAAACACAUUCUCGUUUAGGAGAAGCAACAAACCAAAUAAGAAUAAACCAAACAAAAGUGCAUCUGUUAUUAGGUUAAAAGAAUUAUUGAUAUUGUUUGCAAGAA